AUGGCGACCGUGAACCCACUCAAGCUCGACGAGACCUGCAUCAUGUGUCCUCGGCGAGGACCGAAGCGGUGUGUAAAGUGCGGUGACGCUCACUAUUGCUCCAUAGAAUGUCAGCGUCUCGACUGGAAGAACCAUAAGAUCAUAUGCCCUUCAUUCAAUGAGAAGAGGCCGAAUCCCAAACCGCCCGAACCGGGUGCGCAUCUCCAGUGCAAAUAUAGGCGAGGGCUGUUCUUUCCUGGAGAAAGACAAACCCCAAGAUUCGUCUGGAUGGCUGUGUCGGUGAACCCUGACCAUUCCUGCACAUAUCUCGACAAAGAAGUUUACUUUGGAGAAGAUUGCACCGAUCGGAUGAAGACCAGUCAUAACAACAUCCAGGCGCGUGAUAUCGAUCGUGAUAAGGCUGAGCAGCUGCUUUUCCAUCACAAGGAGAAUAUCAUGGCCGAGAAUCCAAAUCUGGGAGUGCGAGACUUCACGCGGGCUGGUGUCUGCGCCGACAUCUUCAGAGGACCUAUACUCGUUACACGCAUGGGUUGUAGUGCAGACGGGUUUGAAGAAUACCGCGACAUGGACUGCCGGGACGCCCGAAACGCUGCAGACUUCUUCAGCUCAGCAUUCCGACUUGGCCAGAAGAGCGCAGGCCUCCAAGAUAUCCGAGUCAUGGCUAUAGGUGCUCUUUACGAUAGUAUUCUGAAGGAAGGGCAUCAUUUUUGCUUUUUGAAGGGAGAGGGACGGUCAUGGCAUACCAGAAUCCUCGACGGUUGCGACAGUAUUUUUUCAGCCGAAGGAAGUGGAAUAGCCAACUUACUCGGGAUUCCAAUUUUGUUGCGUCGAUGUGAUGAGCUGGAUAUUCCCGAAGUGCUGCGUCAAGCGUAUGGAUUGCAUAGGAAAAAGGACCAAGGUCUGCACAAUCGCAAUGCCAUGCUCUUGAAGCGAGACAUCACUUCAACCACAACAUCGAAAGCGUCGUGGCAGCCCAGAAACCGAUUCUGUGCCGCCUUCAUAGGUAACUAUGGCCAACACGCCGGCGAGAAGGGCUUUGGCUCUUCUCCAGUGCUGUGGAACGACACAGAUAUGGGAAUUGUCAUGGUGGCUCGCGCAGACGGCCAUCCACUGGUGUGGCCGCACUUCAUGGCUCUUUGCCGAUAUAUCUCGACCAAAGUAGAACCACGGUUGGCGCAAGCUGUGUCAGGUCUGGCCGAAGGCGGCGUUGUCACCGAGAGGGAAUCCGUGCUUAACUCCAUCACCAAAGCCGAGUUCUUGGAUGUUUGGAAGCAACUGAAAGCUGAGCGAGCGAUUGAUCCGAAAUGGAGCUUUUGUCCUUCUCCAUACGAUAUAAGCAACCCGGCGGAGUUCAGCGAGAUCGGUAUCAUGGUUUCCGUUGAAAUGAACCUGGCUACGCAGAUCAGUGCGGGAAUCAUUCAAGAAAGUGACCGUCCUGAAUAUAAGAUCAACAGCGUGUCGACGAGCUUAUUUGGGUCGAAAUGCGUGUGCGCGUCUGAGGAUUGA